CUGCUUUCUGUCCUCCUGGACUUCCAGCCUGGCUACCAGUGGGACGAUGCCGGGGGCUAUUGCGGAUCUUGGGCGGUGCAGCGCGCAGCGCUGGGCAAGGGCGCUUGGAUAUCGCAGCAGCAGGUCCGCGACCACACGUCUCCAGGUGGUGGUCAUGACAACGAGAUCCUUUCAACCAACAUCGAGGAAGCCUUCAAGAAGCUCAAAAUCUCCUUCGAAGGCUUCGACUACGUGAACGAACCACUCCCACAGCAAGAUGCGUAUGCGAGGUGGCUCAAGAAGCAGCUGGUGGCUGGCUAUGCCGUGGCAUGGAUGAUUAUGUGGAGCGGCCAGAGCUAUCCGAUAUACGACCUCAAACCACCAGCUGGCAUGUACGGGCACGUCGAGCCGGUCGUUGGCAUCCAGUCCAACCAUCCACUGAACGACACAACGCGGGGGUCGUCGGGCUCCGAUGACGUGGUCCUUCACUACACCGAUGCGGGCACGAACACGGUUCACCGGGCUCUCAGCAGCCUGGGGGGGUCUUGGGCAGGGCCAGGCCGCCGCGCCAACUGCGGCUGGAGGCACUCGUACUGCAUGGCGGAGUACGCGUUCGGGUGGGCGGUGAAGGGCUUUGAGGACGAUAAGCCGUACGUCCAGGCAUCCCUGGCCAUCCAGCCCUACGAGAGUGAGCCGGACACGCGCUCAGGCGAGACGCCCGUCCUGCUGAAAGGCACCCUGACGGUGACGGAGCUCACGGCGGGGUCAACGUACAGCAUAUACCGCUGGGACUCCGUUGAGGAUGCGUUUACCUACAGCGACAGCUUCAAGAAGACGUCAUUCCAGGCCAAGACCGACAGGUUUGUCUACUCAGAUGGCACGGGCUUCCAGAGCAGCGGCACGACCUACUACAGGGUACUGCUUGAGGCAGCUGCAGAGGAGGCAGUG